AUGGAAAUCAGCGAAAUUCGUGUGUUGAUGCAGUAUGAGUUCCACCGUGGAGCUACAACACGGCAGGCAGUCGCCAAUAUCAAUGGUGUGUUCGGCAUUCAAGUGGCUACAAACGCGACUGUAGCUCGUUGGUUUAAAAAAUUUCGUUCGGGAGAUUUCGACCUGUCGAAUGAACCACGUGGCCGACCCAAGACUCAGGUGGAUAAUGUCGUCCUGAAAGCCACUGCGGAAGCGAAUCCUAGCCAAAGUGCACGUGAAUUAUCAUUAAUGUACAAUGUAUCGAAGCAAACAAUCUCGACUCAUUUGGCAGAAAUCGGUAAAGUGAAAAAGCUGGACAAAUGGAUACCGCAUGAAUUGACCGAUGACUCGAAAUCCUCCUGCACGACAACGCUCGACCACAUGCCGCACGAAUGA